GCGCGGGAGCCAGAGCGGCCGGCUGCCCGGCUCUCCGUGGUUUCCAGCUCGCGUGGUGGUGGCGGCGGCGGAGCGUCUCCGUGAGGAGGUGCGCGGGGCCAUGACGUCAGCGUCCACCAAGGUUGGAGAGAUCUUCUCCGCGGCCGGCGCCGCCUUCACGAAGCUCGGGGAGCUGACUAUGCAGCUGCAUCCAGUGUCGGACUCUUCCCCCGCCGGUGCCAAGUGGACGGAGACGGAGAUAGAGAUGCUGAGGGCUGCUGUGAAGCGAUUUGGGGACGAUCUUAAUCACAUCAGCUGUGUCAUCAAGGAACGGACAGUGGCUCAGAUAAAGACCACCGUAAAGCGAAAAGUAUAUGAAGACUCUGGCAUCCCUCUUCCAACUGAGUCACCUAAGAAAGGGCCCAAGAAGAUGACGUCUGGGGUCCUCUCACCUCCAACCGCCCCUCCACCCAGCAGCUCCAGUGUCCCUGAAGCUGGGGGUCCUCCCCUAAAGAAACAGAAGGCUGAUGUGACACUCAGUGCUCUGAACGACUCGGACGCCAACAGCGACCUGGUGGAUGUAGAAGGGCUAGGAGAAACUCCUCCAGCCAAGAAACUCAACUUUGACCAGGACAGCCUGACCCUGGACUCUGGCCUUCUCUCGACCUCUGCUGAUGCUCCUCUACUCUCCUGCUGAGCCUGCCACCUCUGACCCUCACUGUUCGCCGUGGACCUGUGGAUCACCUGGGACUCUAAGCAAGGACUGCGUGAGAGAGGGUCAGAAAGCCACUGGAGCUGUCCACCUUGUUCCUGAUAAACAUGUGCCCUCACCCUCUGACCUCCGUCUGAUGGACAUUUUUAUACAGAUAAUUAUAAUAAAAAAUUCUCUUGGCA